GUAAAACAAAUCACGUCGUAUCUUGCCCAAAUCGAGUCGAAAACGACUGCUGAUGGAUGCUAUCGAACCAUCGCAGCGUAGGGCUUCAUCCCGUGUUGCGAAAGCAUGUGUCGACACGUCGUCGAAACGGAUGUUCCAUCGACAGCGCCACCUAGACUCCAGAACCAAAAAAAACCUUCAACAACCCGCGACGAACCAGAACCGCUUCCAAUUCCAUCAGAUGACGACGAAGAGUUCCAGUUGCAGCCAUUCGCCAUCAAAUUUGCCACCACUAGGACUGGGAGUAAGCCCUCGAUGGAAGGGCAGGUCACGAUUCUACCGUUAUGGGAUUAUGACUACAUCCACGCCAUGCUCAUGAAAAAGGCAGCCGAAGAUCUCUAUUUCUCCAUGACCAUGGGUUACCGGAUCAUUCGGGGUAGGGAAAAAUCUGCGGUGACGAGACUGCGCAGCGCCGCCGACUUGGAGGACUUGAAGGAUCAAGUGAAGGAUCUACAGGAGGUCUACAGUGGUAAGAACAAGAACUGGAGUGUUUCCAUCAGUCUUCAAGCGAAAUACGUCCCUCCCAUUUCGAGUGGAUCUUCAGACGGUGAACUCGAUAAUCCCGCCCGCAUCCAUGGAGGACGUAAGAGGGCCAAAAAGCGCGGAAACAACCCCUCCAAGCGUAUGCUGUCCGACGUGAGGCAACACGCUGAGAACAAUGCCUUCAAGCGAACUGUUUUGUCUAAUGUCACCAGGCUUCAGGAAAAAUGGGUAUGUGAAGAACACGAAGGGUACUGCUGGAAGGUCCCGAGCUCAGGGAAGCAUAUGCACCUUGCAUCACAUCAUCUGAGCCGCUGGGGGCAUUCUGUUGAUGAGUUGGCCCCACCGCAUACACCGACGUUCGAAAAAUUUCACAGAGGCACCCUACACGCCGCAGCAAGCUCCGAGAGCUACAGUACACCAACUCCUACCUCGAGAAUUACGCCUGCGAUCUCCUCGACUCCCGAUGUGCCGGCUAAUACUCCGAUUCCCACGGUCUUCACUGCGCCGGUACCACCCUCAAGCCCAUUACGGAUGGAGGACGCCGAGGAUGUAGCAGGCUUUAUGAGUUUUGUUGCGAAAAACAACCCUAGCUACACCGGGUUCAAUGCUGCGCAGACUGAACAAGCUUUUCGCGAAAAUGGAUUGGCACUCGAGGAUUUAAAGAGGGUGCCUCCCGGUUUGACCAUCCCAGGUAUCCGACCAGGAGAUACGCUUGCUGCGCAGCGCUGCUUGCCACUUUGGAAGGCGCCGGCUCGAGGCCCAACUGCAGUCCAUGGAUUCAGACGUAUGUCCUCCCAGCACUCCCCCGAAGAGUACCAUGCUGACGAGCUUGCUUAGUAAUGAUGUUCUAAGCUUUUCCGCAGAGCUGUGCAACUUUGCCCGAGUCACCCAUUGGCGUGAGAGCAUUUUUGCAUAUAUAUAAGCUUGGUCAGCUUAGUUCGUGAAGAGGAUGAAUGUCGGGCAGGAGAGAGGGGUGUCAGGAUCUUUCUUCUUUUAUGUUUUUCGAACUGUACCACUCCCAUUGUAUAUAGUCUAUGUUUCGUCAAGUUGUAGGCCUCUUACUCUCCGCCGG